AUAUUGCAAACUAUCUGAUGAAAAUGACAAUAUUAUUUGUUUUCCUGUCUAUAUGUUUCUGGACAUACUGUUUUGCAGAGGAUAAUCAUAAACAUACAGGACACAAUGAAAGUGAUCCCUAUGACACUAUAUUUGCUGUUGGAUUACUAAUUCCGAAUUGUAAAGUACAACCGGUGGAUCCUGAAUUAAGGAGCAAAUUAAACAUAAUGUUAAGUGAAGGUAAGAAACUAAUAUUCAUUCAUCUUGAAUUUGAGGAUCACAAAAAUCUGGAAUCCAAAAGCCAUCAAGGGGAUAUUUACAAACCACUUGACUGGAUCCGAACCUAUGGAAGACAUGGACGAAGCCUUCUUUAUCUCCGUCCUCAGUUUGAACACUUAUCUCUCACAACACUUUCUUUUAACACAGAACAUAUUGAUGUUAGGCUAAAACAAACGCCAACUCAGUGUCUUACCAGGCAUAAUUUAUCCACCAUUGAGGACAACUUGCGACGACUACUGGUUAUGGACUUUAAAAUGAAUCUUGGAGACGAUCAUGCAGUCGAAAAUGAGAAGAUCUGCAAUGUUGAGGUUAAAAACGAACAAUCUAUUGUUGCUUUCAAAUACGUAUGCUGCUGGCAUGGACAUAGUAAAGUUAAUGAACACCUGGAAUGCAAGAAUAUAUCGAGCGAUUAUUGGAUGGAAAUAUUAUUUACAUGUAUCUUCUUAAUCAAAGUACUUGUGCUUAUGUUCUGUCCGCUUCUCAUACCGGCAUCCUUGUACAGAAAGAAAUACACAGAAACUGUCUAUGAACAUGUUCUGUCAAAACCUAUUGAACUUCGAAUAAAAAAAAUAAUAAAAGAUGACAAAUCGAAAUUAACCUAUUUAAAUGUUCCGAGCGUGGAAAUGAACCAGCUUAAAAACAUGCAAGAUUCUUACGAGUGGAAUAGGGUCUGUAAAUUAAAGAAAUUUUAUGAAACAAUGAAAACAGUUCCUAUUAACAAAGUCUUGACAAUAUCUCUCCGAAAACUUGAUAUAGUUGUUAGAUACGAUAGACUUGUUCCGUCAAAUUAUGUACCAGUUGGCAUUUUACAAGUAGUGUAUUCUUUAUUUGUGAAGUGUCACAUACGAAAAUCUCCAUCUUUUCAAAAAUGUUGUAGAAGUAGCAUUUUUGGGUUUCAAUGGUUAUUUGGUAAAAAGGCACAAACACUUAACAUCGAUGAAGAAACCGAUAAAGUUCCAGAUGACGAGAUGCAGACAAGCACAAUUCAACCUGAAGACAUUAUAAAAUACCCAUGGCACAGAUGUCUCCGACAAACCAUGAGGCUGUUGUUGAUUUUAGCCAUAUCGGUUCCUUGGGCUCUCAGAGUAUAUUUCUACUAUGAAUAUGAAGAUUCGGAAGCUUCAGAUCAGAAAAAAGCAGCGGAAGUACGGAAUUUGACACUACCAGCAUUGAAAUGGAGUUUGACGUAUACUCUUACGCCUCUUCAUCCUAUGUUCAUACUUUGCUACGCCGUUAUUAUAACUGAUGCGAUAGUGUUUGCAUUGGUCAGCCCUAGGAUCAAAAAGAAAUUACAAUCUUUGAUGAGACGGUCAAUGAGGGAUAUGCGUCAAAUUUCAAAGAUUGCCAAAAUUAAAGGUUCAAUUGUUCAACUGCUCAUUCCAUGCGAAAUAUGUGGAAUAGUUGGGUUAAUUAUAUACCCCCUUUAUUUCAUAUUUGCUCUUCCAAUCAUUUUGAUUUCUUUAGCCUUUUACUGUGUACCAACCAUUAACGUUACUAUACGUUUACUGGCACAUUUCUUAGCUUAUCUUACUCAAUGGUCAGGAAUGUGUAAUAGAGAAGCCCUAAUUUCCUGUAAGAAGAGAUGUGGUUUCAUGUUCAACCUUUUUCAUCUACAAAACGUACCAGACAAAACAAGAGAAACGGUGUCAUGUAAAAACAGACUCUUGCAACUUUUUGUUUUACCGAUGUGUUUGAUUACUAUAUUUGCCCUUGUUCUGUUGACCAUGGAGACAAUUAUCUUCUUCGUUGAAAUGAUUUUAUACACAGUCAUAGGUAUUAUCAUGAAUUCUUCCGACAUGCUCAAGUACAUUACUCUUGUUUUUAUGCUUGGUCUUUAUGCGCGGAAUUGCUUUAAAGGUAUAAGUGAAAAAUAUCUCAAAUUUAAUCAAACAAUAAACAGUUUGAUAGUUGAAAGCAAUCGCUCUCAGGUCGAAGCAAUUGCUAGUGAAUGUUUUGAAGAACAGAAAAAUACUGCAUUCCAGAUUACCACAAAUGACGAAGGUGAUGAACAGACCAAUGAAAAUGACACAAAUGUAAGAUUGAUUGUAUCAAAAGAUGGAAUACCAAAAUGGUCCGUUCGGAAAUUAAUUUUAUUUCUAGACCGACAAGACCAACCGUAUUUAACAGAAAAGUUUUUCUUUUCAACUUGUUAUAUGGAUACCGUCGGGGCACCUGGUCCUCUCAUUCCGAAUAUCAUACACGCAGUAUGGCGAUUCAUGUGCAUAUGCGCAUUUCUGAUGUUCGUCGUACUUAUUGUGUUAGCUUUUGGUGAUGAGUAUAAUAUAUCUGGUGCGAAUCAGAUGUUGGCAACGCUGGCUGGUGGACUUUUACCAUGGGUGUUCGAAAAUGUUUUAUUCAGUGGAAGAGACCCGUUAGAGCUAGAUACAAACAAUCUUAGUUUUAAAAGUAAUUUCAAAACAAAAAUUGACCAAUAUGUUCAAUCAUGGGAUAUACAUGAUAUUGAUAUAGAUGAAAACCGAAAUAGAAAUGAUAAUGUCGGCGAUUCACACAGUGUUACAGCUCGUCUCAUCGACAAGGUUAACGAUGCUGUCAUGACAACAUUAGAAAAUGAAUCGGGUGUACUGUUAGGCGAACCACCGAAACAAUCUAUUGGUUUCUAUAAGGAUAAUGAUGACAGAAGAAUUGAUUUCCUAGUUAUAGAAAAGCCAAGUAAAAUGUCAAAUGUCUAAUACACAUCAAUCAAAGUGAUGUUCGGUAUAAGUUUUAGGAACAUUUUUAUAUUUCAAGGAUAUAACGUCAAACAGUAAUACGAACCCAUAUUUGUAUAUCAAUAUACGAUAUGCCAGAUUUACGGUAACAAGUCAUUGAACACGACUGUAAAUCAUUGCUUUAAAAGUUCUAUAUUCCUAUAUCAUAAAUACAGACAAAUGAACAUUUGUGAUAUUUUCUUUAACAGUUUUGUUAAUAGAUGUACGUUUUAUGAAAAUUUUCUUUAUUUCAAGGAUAUUAUUUUAACAUGGUCUUGGAUAUUGUUAUAUUAUAUGUAAAUAAAUAUUUAUAUGUCAUUCUAUAACAUAGUCAAUGUAUGCUACAAAAUCAUCAAUAUCAUUUGCAAACAUGAAUAAAAAGAUUUCACCAGACUUCUUUCAAAAAAAUGAAUUACAUUACAAAUCCAGAUUAUUGUUGAAUAGAAAAUCAAAUAAUUAAUAUUUCCAUAUGGUCGAUCGCAGUAAGAGCUAACAUUUGAAGAACCUAUAAUUAGCCUUCUUAUCUUUAGCCGACUUAUUUUUAUACAGAUAUCGAUUUUAGUGGAAGUCUAAACAAGAAAUAACACAUUUUUACUGUAGGUCACAGUGUGUCCAUUUUUGUAUCAUUUGUAUUUAUUUAUUUGGUUUUGCAAUAAUUCAAGAUGAUGAUAACUUCAUUCCAGGGAUUUUCAAUAAUCUAAAUCGUUGCAUACUGACGAUAAGAAUAAUUUUAAUAUUAUGGCUUUAUAUGUCAAAUGCUAUUUUCAAAGUGAGGAUUUUCAAUUUGCAAAUCAAAUAAAUGUACUACUAGCAGUCAGAAAAACUACACUUAAGAAAACAAAAACACAAAUAGAAACAUAACGCGAAGUAGAAGUUGAUAACUAGACGCGUAUAUCAAUAUUCCAAGUAUGUUCUGUUAAUUUAGUUCUUAAUUUACAAUUAACGUAGAACUUCCACCACGGCCAACGAUGCGUAUGUGUAUUUACUUUUCACGGGAAGUCUCAGGGCUUUUUGGGUAGCCAAACUAUGCAUAACGAAUAGCCAAACCCACAAAGGGUUAACUUUGUACGAUUUAGUAUAUUGGGGGACGUUUUUACCUUUACUAACAUAAAUGAAUAUCCAAACCAUAUAAGGCAAACUUUAAACGAGGCAUACACAAUGACACAGCUCUCAGCUGCAAAUUAAAGUAUGUUCGUAGUAAAUUAUUGCCAAUGCCGAAUUAUUUGCUACUGGCUGGAUGAUAGAUCAACCUUGGCUAACAAUCCGUUAGUUGUGUUGUGAAUCCUUUCUAAAUCUCUUUCGAAAUGAAAUUGAAAAAUGAAUAAGUAUAGCUAUAAUAUGAUAAUUUUUAAAGUUCGUGUUCCAAUCAGUUGGCAAGUUGAAGAAAAAAAAUAGUAUAGCUUAUUUAACACCAACUUUAAAAAUUCUUAAGAGAUUAUAUAUUUGUUUUUAGGGGUCAUUAACUUUAUAAUAUUA